AUGAGUGAUGGUCACUUGUAUCUGUGCUGUGGUGGCGUCAGCUACAUAGGCGGCAGCCACCGCGCUUGGCACGAUGCUGCGCACCAGAGCGUCCUACUGCUGUUUUCCACUUCUGUCAAGCUUCUGCCUAUGGACGCGUCGCUGAACCCCACGACGUCCCCAUCGGAGAACAUGAUGACGCUCUAUGACUUCUGCGAGCCAGAAGCAAGCGGUGAUUAUCGGGAAGCCGUACAGCACCGUAAUAUGACGCCGAUUAUGUUGCUUCAACUGUCAGUGGAUGGACAGUUCCUUGCGAUACAGCGCAGUGACAUUGAAGUGCAGGUACUGCAUCGAGCUACGCGGGUGUCCAACUGGAUGCAGUGUCUACCCAAAGCCGGUAACAGGAUCGUGCAUGGAGGUGUGAUCUGGAGCAAACACUUUGCCAAGAGCUCGAGCUCUCAGGACCUAUUUCUGGUCACGAAACUGGGGCUUGAACACCAUCGUGUAAGCCUUAAGCGUCGCACUUGUUUUCUGCAUAGGGUUGUGGGGCUCUACGUCCAUGCAUUCUGGUAUGAAGCUUCACAUGGAGUGCUAUUUUUGAGCUCUGGUUCAAGAGCAAAUGAGAUUGUACCGUUCUUGUUGCAUGGAGCAAACGUGGAGACACUGCCCAAGCUGAUGUUUUCCACGUCGGUGGGCACACAAGAUCUGCACUUAGUUACGUUGUAUGGCGAUGUGUACGCGGUCUACCACAAUCCUUGCACCACGAAGCUGCUGUUGUACUUGGUAGGACGGACCAAGGUCACUUGCGUGCGCUCGCUGAACCUCAUGCUGUCGCCUGGGACAGUGUUCGAGUAUUCGGUCGUGGACAACCUUCUCGUCUGCCACAGCCUGGAUUUCAAUGUCAGCUUUUUCUUUGAUAUAAAGUGUAACGGAAGCAUUAGCGACCCGUUCUCCGCGCCGUUACCAAUCUCGUCACGGCCACCGGGUCGCCCUCUUCCCGAGAGCAACAAGGCCCCAGCAGAAAGGACCGUCGACAUUCGGCAGGAAUCUGAUGCUGCUGUUCUAAAGAUUGUCAGUGAUGAGAAUUACCAGGAAGUUUCUGACGACUCGAUACUAAACGAUCCGAUACCGCCUUGUAAUUUUCGCCACGCGCUGAGCCUUGACAGCCAAGACAUGCAAAUCAGUUACAAUGACGGAACGCCCCUUGCUUCUCUAUCAUUUGAAUUGUCUGCAGCCUCUCAGCUAGCAAGUCAAAGAUCAGCACGUCGGCUUCAGCGCACAACAUCAGAAGCAAGUGUGCAUAAGACAGAGACCAUGGACCUCGAAGCGGUUGUCCCAAGCUUUUCCCGAUGGCGAUUUCAUGCUCCCAAUUUUGUGCAACGAUCAUGGUCACUUAACGGGCUCGAACAAGUCGAAAGUCGGAAACUGCAGUUGAAUUUGGUCGAGAUAUGUAAAACAUGCGAACGCCAUCGUGAGAUCCUACCUUUUCUGUUACGUCGAGGGGACUAUGACUCUGCAAAGAUAUUGGUUUUAAAGCUAGUGCGAAAGCAUAUUGUGGAGCAACAACCAUCUCUAUCUUCAAUUGUACAAUUGCUGACUACUGUUCAAACUAUGUAUGGUAACGAGCGACAUGAUGAGAAAGCUGUAGGUGGUAGAGCUUCGAGCGGCUCCUACUUCAUGCACUCGAAUAAUGAUACUAACGCGGGUCAACAUACAGACGAGCACUCUACAAUGCCUAGAUCAACUGCUCGCAAUGUCAACGGCUUUAUGCUUAUCCAACAGGCAGACUUUUACCACCACGUGUGGAAAAACAUACUUGAAGACAAGAAUAUAGGUGCAAUUUACAAUAUGAGCGUCUACAUUGUCGAGUAUAUCAAGAAUUUACGAGAAAGGAAGGUGCAGGUGGAGAACAUUACAUAUAUUGCUCUCGCGGAAUGCUUCAUAGCUACAGGACAGCCGAACGAGCUUUACCAGUUCUUGCACUACCAUGUGCUAGCUGAUUCAGCGGAGCUUGCAGAAUUGAUGGUUCGGAAGGGAAAAAUCUAUCCAGUCUUGAUGCAAGUGGGGUUGGACAUGUAUUAUCGAUUGAAGGAGAUUUGCUCACUCUUACACACCCUCUUGGACCUUGGACAGACGGAGCGAGCUAUCAAGAUUGCUUGGAGAAAUAUGGGCUCAACUUCGUGCAACGCAUCCGUUCUUCCUGGUGCUGCCUUCUUUGAUUCCCUCGUUAGAUCUGUAACCGGAUCGAAGGAGCCAUGUUCACCUUUUCAAGUGACACAGAUGCUGGUACAUUUAUUGCUCUUUUUGAGAGUAUGGGAUCCUGCAUCACUCAAGUGUGAUAGCACAACCUCUCUUUCGACUCUCGCCGUUUGUGCUACUGUUCCGUUCCCAGAUGAGAUGACUGUACUGAAUUCACGGCUGAAACUCAGAAAAGCUUUUGGGUUUAAUUGA